CAGCAACCCUCUUAUUUAUCUUCUCCCUCCUCUUCCCUAUUGUCCCCCUCUCUUCAACAAAAAAGGGGAAAAAAAAAAAUCAAACCCAAACCCUAACCCUGAUUCCCCAAUGGGAACUGAGAUCAACGACCCUCUGAUCGUCGCUCCCAAAGAGGAGGAGCAGGAGGAUUCGAUCCCAAUUCCACACUGGAGAGAGCAGAUCACGAUCAGGGGUUUGGUCGUGAGCGCUGUACUGGGAUCCCUAUUUUGUAUAAUAACUCACAAGCUGAAUCUUACUGUUGGGGUGAUUCCGUCGCUGAACGUGGCGGCGGGGCUUCUAGGGUUUUUUAUGGUGAAGAGCUGGACUGGGGUGGCUGAGAAAUUAGGGUUUGGGGGGAGGGCCUUCACGAGGCAGGAGAACACCGUGAUUCAAACUUGUGUUGUUGCUUGCUACGGACUGGCCUUUAGUGGGGGAUUUGGAUCAUAUAUGCUCUCAAUGGAUCAAAAGACAUAUGAGCUUAUUGGUGCUGAUUAUCCUGGUAACAGGGCUGAAGAUAUUAAAAAUCCAUCUUUGGGUUGGAUGAUAAGUUUUACGUUUGUUGUCAGUUUCCUUGGGCUAUUUAGCCUUGUUGCUCUUCGGAAGGUGAUGGUAAUUGAUUACAAGCUUACCUACCCGAGUGGGACAGCUACAGCACUGCUUAUAAAUAGCUUUCACACUAAUACUGGAGCUGAGCUUGCAAGGAAACAAGUCCGCUCACUUGGAAAAUAUCUUAGUAUAAGCUUCUGCUGGAGUUGCUUUAAGUGGUUCUUCAGUGGUGUUGGUGAUUCAUGUGGCUUUGACAACUUCCCUACCUUGGGGCUUGUCGCAUUCAAAAAUACGUUCUAUUUUGACUUCAGUCCAACAUAUAUUGGAUGUGGUCUCAUUUGCCCCCAUAUAGUCAACUGCUCUUGUCUUUUUGGGGCCAUUAUAUCAUGGGGUUUCCUUUGGCCAUACAUCAAUGCGCGUGCUGGGGACUGGUACCCAGAUAAUCUUGGAAGCAAUGACUUCAAAGGUCUUUAUGGAUACAAGGUUUUUAUUGCAAUAUCCCUUAUCCUUGGAGAUGGUCUUUACAAUUUGAUUAAGAUAAUAUACAUAACUACAAAGGAGAUUUUUAAUGCAAGGAUGAAAAAGAAUGCCCUCCCUCUUGUUUCAGAAAGUAGAGACCCCCAAGAUGAUGACUCCAAGCUACUUCUUGAAGAGAAGAUUCGCAAUGAGACAUUCGUUAAAGAUAGCAUCCCAUCCUGGUUAGCUGCCUCCGGCUAUGUUGCCUUCGCUGCCAUCUCCACAGCCACAAUUCCAUCCAUCUUCCCCCAAAUCCGGUGGUACCUAGUUCUUGCCUGCUAUUUCGUUGCCCCCGCCCUGGCCUUCUGCAACUCCUAUGGCUGUGGCCUCACUGAUUGGUCUCUUGCUUCCACUUAUGGAAAGAUCGGCCUCUUUGUCUUCUCCUCCCUCGUUGGCUCCAAUGGAGGAGUCAUUGCUGGACUUGCUGCUUGCGGUGUAAUGAUGACCAUUGUUGCUACGGCUGCCGACCUUAUGCAAGACUUCAAGACAGGUUACCUCACUUAUUCAUCACCUCGCUCCAUGUUCGUGUCCCAGUUGAUUGGUACUGCUCUUGGUUGUGUUAUUGCUCCGCUCACUUUCUGGCUUUAUUGGACUGCUUUUGAUAUUGGAUCGCCUGAUGGAGUCUACAAAGCUCCAUACGCUGUGAUCUAUAGGGAGAUGGCGAUUUUAGGUGUCGAGGGGUUCUCCGCUCUCCCUAAGCAUUGCCUACAGCUUUGUUGUGUUUUCUUUGUCCUUGCUCUGGUCAUUAAUCUGCUCAGAGAUAUUUUGCCCAAGAAUAUAUCAGCAUAUAUUCCAAUACCAAUGGCGAUGGCUGUACCGUUCUAUAUCGGGGCUUACUUUGCUAUCGAUAUGUUCGUUGGUACUGUGAUCUUGUUUGUAUGGGAGAAGUUGAACAGAAAGGAGGCUGAGGAUUUUGCUGGAGCAGUGGCUUCUGGGUUGAUUUGCGGUGAUGGAAUCUGGACCGUUCCUUCGGCGAUUUUAUCAAUAUUUAGGAUUGAUCCGCCGAUUUGCAUGAACUUUGUCCCUGCAGUGAGUAGCUGAGGUAUGGAUGUUUGGUGAAUGAUAUGUCUGGUACUUGUAGAAUGAUCUGUUUGUAAAUAGACAAUGUGUUCUUUCAUAUGUUCCAUGGUCUUUGAGUAAGCAUUUGAUGUAUGAUUGAGUUAAAAUUUACAUUGUAACUAUGAUAUAUUUGGUUCAUUUUUAAUCCGAGAUAUUUCAUGAUAUGAUUUUUA